GGGGUAAUGGAGCGUGUGAGGAUGGUACUCCGGGUAGCCUCACACGGGGGGCUGGCACCGGGCAAUGCCCCCUCAGGUUCAGCCUCUCUCAGGUCUAGCUGUUCCGCUGUAGAGCAAGACAAAGCCAAGGAGGCAAUGCUGCCCUGCUUUACCUCGUGGGGCAGUAUUGUGCCACUGUGGGUAGCAUUGGUAACAGCGGGCACCAUACCUGGCACAUCAGAGGACUGGCGUGUGGUGGCUGUACCCAGUUUCUUGUCUCCUUCCGGAUCAAAGGCUGAAGACUUGACCUACAGCACCUAACCCCAGCCAUGUCUAUAAUGGACCAUAACCCCACCACCGGCGUGGUUACAGUCAUUGUUAUCCUUAUCGCCAUUGCAGCCCUUGGUGCCUUAAUUCUGGGUUGCUGGUGUUACCUUCGUUUGCAGAAGCUCAGCCAGUCGGAGGAUGAGGAGAGCAUUGUUGGAGAAGGAGAGACCAAAGAGCCUUUUCUCUUGGUUCAGUAUUCUGCCAAAGGACCUCGGGUGGAGAAGAAAACCAAGCUGACACCGAAUGGCACAGAGACACAUAGCUAAGUCACCACAUCCCUUCACCAACAUGUGUGAAGAAAGCAGAACUAAUACUGUGAAAAAUAAUAGACCCGUGUCCUGUUCGGAAGGUGUAUGUCCUCCCCAGCUGACGCCACUGAUGCACGCAGUACUUUCUUACAAUCCUUGAUUUUCACACCAUGUGUUACUUGAAUGUGUUUCAUCCUGCUUCAGUGGACAUCUCCCCUGGAAUGUGAACGUCUCUCCCCGCAGCGGUUUUUAAGCAUCCCACUAAUUUAACGUAUUAAUUCGCCGAUUGCCGGCCCGAUUUGAAGGGAGAUUUUUUUUUUUUUUUAAUUAACCAUGCCUAACCCACUGGUGGUCAUAGUAUGCUCAGCCUUUCCUUGUGGUUCUAGACACUACAACCCCCAUAUCCAAUGUUGACUUUGCUUAAUAACUGCGGUGACCCUGUCUGAUCCUGUAGUCCUCCAAAAGGAGCCGGUGAUCGGGAAAAUGCCUUAUGAAACGCAUGCCAGGAGGCUCCCGGAGAGGAUGAGGCAGAAGAGCAGUUAGAGAUUUUAUUUUUUAUAAUGAAAUGAGCAUUUUUAGAUUUUCACUGUGGUUCCUACAUUUGUAUGUUUUGUCUUCAUUGUCCUAAAUUAUUGUACUGAUGAACAGCGUGCACAGUGUUUUUACCUAUAGCUAUGUCAUCCCGUAGUAUGUAGCGCAGUGUUAGAGUGGUGGUGAAUGUUCGGCAUUUAACCCUCUUUCAAGUGGAAAUAGGAGACUAAAGUUGGAGUGAAUUUGGUGCUUGUGGUACCAGAUGACCUUCUUGACCGGCUCCAUUUGUAGAUGUAUAUUGCUAGGUAGUUAGGCAGUUACUCGGCCAGUUUCGCAAAGUCCUAGUAACUAUCUCGCUUCGUGUUGGUUCAUCCCAUUACAUGACUUCUUUACUGGGAAUGAAUGGCUGAUGCACCAAGGGAUCUGCUGCAUUAUUAUUUUUUUGGCUAAUGCUGGAACAUGACCGUGCAGCCUUCCUUCUAUUUCUGAAUAAUCAUGGAGUGGUUGGGGUUUCACAUCAGAGAUGCUAAGGUCAUCUGUUUUUGUUUUUUACCUUUUAAAAUGUGACUGGGUCCCAACCAGAGUUUUACUGUCUUUACCCAGUUAAUAAUUUUUUUUAUUUUUUUAACACCCCAUGCAAAGAAUAAGGGCAUACUUGCGGAAAAGGGGUUGAAAUGCCAACCACAGGCCAUAAUCAUACAAAGCUUUUCCAGCUUCACAAACAAGUCGCCAUUGUAAUAAUGUUUCCUUUUUAAGAAUUCUCUUCCUAUGAAAAACAUGUAAAAAAAUAAAAAUAUGGAUUUUGAAACCA